AUGAGCACAACACCGACUGCUGCUAUUGAAGCAAUGCUCGACCUGCCACCACUACAUCUUUUUGUAAGACAAGAAGCUCUAGCGACAGCUGUAAGGUUAAAGACACAAAACCUCUGGAGAAUGUUGCCUACAGCACACAGUAAGAUCUUAACUAUGGCAGCCGAGAAGGAGUCCUCACUCCUUGCCAUAAGUGAUAAGAUCCCAAAACAAUUCAUCUUUGACAAGAAAUAUAAGAUACAGCUGCGUGAAUACACGUCAGAACACAACAGCGUUGAAGACCUACUAAUCUUCACGGACGGGUCCAAGACUGGAAAUGGGACGGGUGCUGGGGUCUUCUCUGAGGACCUAAACAUUAACAUCUCGCACCCCUUGGGACCCCAUAAUACAGUCUUUCAGGCUGAAUGCCUAGGACUUCUACUUGCAGCUUCGGCCAUAAUUAAAAGAAAUGUAACAAACUAUUCGAUUCGGAUCUUAUCGGAUAGCAAAGCAGCACUCAUGGCAAUCAAAAGCCAUGAAAUCACUUCAGGGUUGACCCUUGAGUGUCACUUAGCCCUAACUAAGGUAUGUGACCUGGGAAAUUCCCUAGUACUACAAUGGAUAAAAGGACACAGUAACUCACGUGGAAACGAUGCUGCUGAUAUACUAGCCAGAAGGGCAUCUGAAACACCGGUCAUGGGACCUUUUCCCAUUAUACCGAUACCUGCUAGCUGGACCCGGAUGAUGAUUACCCAGCUCACUAACACUGCUUAG